GUGCUGCACCACAUCCUCAUCGCUGUUGUCCAAUUCCUCAGGCGGGGCCAGCAGGUCUUCCUCAAGCCGGACGAGCCGCCGCCGCCGCCGCAGCCAUGCGCCGACAGCCUGCAGCCAGCCAGGACCCCCUUGCACAGGAGCCAGAGCCCCCAGGGAGCAGAGCCGGCAGACUGGAGGACGCUCUGCUGAGCCUGGGCUCUGUCAUCGACCUCGCCGGUCUGCAGCAUGCCAUCAAGGAGGCCCUGUCCGCCGUGCUCCCCAGAGUGGAGACCGUCUACACCUACCUGCUGGAUGAGGAGUCCCGGCUGGUGUGUGAGGACCCCUGGCACGAGCUGCCCCAGGAGGGGAAAGUCCGAGAGGCUGUGGUCUCCCAGAAGCGGCUGAGCUGCAAUGGGCUGGGGUCCUCUGACCUGCCAGGGAAGCCCUUGGCCAGGCUGGUGGCGCCGCUGGCUCCUGACACCCAAGUGCUGGUCCUACCGCUGCUGGACAAGGAGGCCGGGGCUGUGGCAGCCGUCAUCUUGGUGCACUGUGGCCAGCUGAGUGACAGCGAGGAGUGGAGCCUGCAGGCAGUGGAGAAGCAUACCCUGGUGGCUCUGCGGAGGAUGCGGGCCCUGCAGCAGCGCGGGCUCGGCCAGGCCCCCGGAACCGGAGCCGGAGCCGGAGCGGUCCAGAACACCCCGGUGGAGGCGGCAGAAGACCAGCAGGGCGGGGCAGCCUACACCGACCACGACCGGAAGAUCCUGCACCUGUGCGGGGAGCUCUACGAUCCGGACGCCGCUUCCCUGCAGCUCAAAGUCCUUCAAUACCUGCAGCAGGAGACCCAGGCAGCUCACUGCUGCCUCCUGCUGGUGUCGGAGGACAACCUCCAGCUCUCCUGCAAGGUCAUCGGUGAUAAAGUGCUGGGGGAAGAAAUCAGCUUCCCGUUGACGACAGGCCGCCUGGGCCAGGUGGUGCAAGACAAGAAGUCCAUCCAGCUGGAGGACCUCCCCUCUGAGGAUGUGCAGCAGCUGCAAAGCAUGUUGGGCUGUGAGGUGCAGACCAUGCUCUGUGUCCCUGUCAUCAGCCGGGCCACUGACCAGGUGGUGGCCUUGGCCUGCACCUUCAACAAGCUGGGAGGAGCCUUGUUCACAGAGCAGGAUGAGCAGGUGAUCCAACACUGCUUCCACUACACGGGCACAGUGCUCACCAGCACCCUAGCCUUCCAGAAGGAGCAGAAGCUCAAGUGCGAGUGCCAGGCUCUUCUUCAAGUGGCUAAGAACCUCUUCACUCACCUGGACGACGUCUCUGUCCUGCUCCAGGAGAUCAUCACGGAGGCCAGGAACCUCAGCAAUGCUGAGAUCUGCUCAGUGUUCCUGCUGGAUCAGAACGAGCUGGUGGCCAAGGUGUUCGACGGGGGCGUGGUGGAUGACGAGAGCUACGAGAUCCGGAUCCCGGCAGACCAGGGCAUCGCGGGCCACGUGGCGACCACGGGCCAGAUCCUGAACAUCCCAGACGCCUAUGCCCACCCGCUCUUCUACCGCGGCGUGGACGACAGCACCGGCUUCCGCACGCGCAACAUCCUCUGCUUCCCCAUCAAGAACGAGAACCAGGAGGUCAUCGGUGUGGCUGAGCUGGUGAACAAGAUCAAUGGGCCUUGGUUCAGCAAGUUCGAUGAGGACCUGGCCACGGCAUUCUCCAUCUACUGCGGCAUCAGCAUCGCGCAUUCGCUCCUAUACAAAAAAGUGAAUGAAGCCCAGUACCGCAGCCACCUGGCCAACGAGAUGAUGAUGUACCACAUGAAGGUCUCCGACGACGAAUACACCAAACUUCUCCACGACGGCAUCCAGCCUGUGGCCUCCAUUGACUCCAACUUCGCCAACUUCACCUACACCCCUCGCUCGCUGCCAGAAGACGACACUUCCAUGGCCAUCCUGAGCAUGCUACAGGACAUGAAUUUCAUCAACAACUACAAAAUCGACUGCCCCACGCUGGCCCGGUUCUGUUUGAUGGUGAAGAAGGGCUACCGGGAUCCCCCCUACCACAACUGGAUGCACGCCUUUUCCGUCUCGCACUUCUGCUACCUGCUCUACAAGAACCUGGAGCUCACCAACUACCUCGAGGACAUCGAGAUCUUUGCCUUGUUUAUCUCCUGCAUGUGUCAUGACCUGGACCACAGAGGCACGAACAACUCCUUCCAGGUGGCCUCGAAAUCUGUGCUGGCUGCACUCUACAGCUCCGAGGGCUCAGUCAUGGAGAGGCACCACUUUGCCCAGGCCAUCGCCAUCCUCAACACCCACGGCUGCAACAUCUUCGACCACUUCUCCCGGAAGGACUAUCAGCGCAUGCUGGACCUGAUGCGUGACAUCAUCUUGGCCACAGACCUGGCCCACCAUCUCCGCAUCUUCAAGGACCUGCAGAAGAUGGCCGAAGUGGGCUAUGACCGAACCAACAAGCAGCACCACAGACUCCUCCUCUGCCUCCUGAUGACCUCCUGCGACCUCUCUGACCAGACCAAGGGCUGGAAGACCACGAGGAAGAUCGCCGAGCUGAUCUACAAAGAAUUCUUCUCCCAGGGAGACUUGGAGAAGGCCAUGGGCAACAGGCCCAUGGAGAUGAUGGACCGAGAGAAGGCCUACAUCCCUGAGCUGCAGAUCAGCUUCAUGGAGCACAUCGCAAUGCCCAUCUACAAGCUGCUGCAGGACCUGUUCCCCAAGGCAGCAGAGCUGUAUGAGCGCGUGGCCUCGAACCGUGAGCACUGGACCAAGGUGUCCCACAAGUUCACCAUCCGCGGCCUCCCCAGCAACAACUCGCUGGACUUCCUGGACGAGGAGUACGAGGUGCCUGGGCUGGACGGCACCAGGGCCCCCGUCAACGGCUGCUGUAGCCUUGACACCGAGUGAUGCCCUCCAGGGCGCCCCUCUGCCUGGUUCUCGCCCCACAGCCCCUCACUGGCCUGGCCAGAGGCACCGGGAACCAGAGCCAUGGUCCUGGGUUCCAGACUGGGACCUCACGUGUGACGCUGGGCGGGCCCUGGCCUCCCUGGGCCUCGCUUUCUCAUCCGUAGAACGGAAGCAAGGCUUCCGUCCUUGCCAGGACUCCGCGAUCCGUCCUGCGAGAGUGCAGGGCUGCCCUGGGAGCACCAGGCCCCUCUCUGGCCCCCCCGGGCAAGUCCUCCCCAGGCCACUUCCUCCAGGCAGCCUGGGUGGUUCUCUGUGUGCCCUUUUCCCAUCACUCGAUCUGUGCCCUUUCUCCCUGGGGGUCUCCAGGGUCCUCCAGGAAGGGGAAGGUGGGAAACAGAGGGUGGGGCUCGCUCUGCUGGAGGACUUGAGUUAGCCAUGGGGCGGAGGUGCCCCCUGAGGGCCCCCACGAGACUUCUGAUGGGGUUUGGGACCUGGGGGAUACCGGGGCCCCAGGAGGAAGCUGCCAGAGGGGCAGCUCCGUGCUCUGGGGGCUCAGGAAGACAGCAGAGUGGGAGUGACAUGGCAGAAGGGUCCCUCGCUGGUCAGCUAUGCUGCCGCCGGCUGUGUGACCCUGGGCCAGUCCCUCCCCCUGUCUGGGUGACAGAAGAGGGUAAGACAGGCCAUUCCCGAAGGUCCUUUUAGAUCCAAGUGUCCACAACUCUGGGGUCCCAGCAGAAGCUGCGAGUGUCUCUGCCACCCGUGGGCACAGAGAGCCCACCCCUGAGUCCCUCAGUGGCCCCUGAGUGUCCCCCCCUUGGCCUGAGCCUCCCUGACUCCUGCAGCCAGAGAGGGGCCUGGCUCAGCCCUGGCAGGGUUUCCUUCCUCUUCAAGGCCAUAUCCGCCCGUGCCCGGGGGCUGGGGAGACCCCACAGGGCCGGGCGGCCUCCGUCAGCCGGGCCGCUGGCUUCUCUCUUCUCUGUUUUGUCCUGUGCGUGUCGUGGGGUGGGGGAGGGGCCACCUGCCUUACCUAUUCUGAGUUGCCUUUAGAGAUGCGUUUUUCUAGGACUCUGUGCAACUGUCGUAUGUGGUCCCGUGGGCUGACCGCUUUGUACAUGAGAAUAAAUCUAUU